CACACACACACACACACACACACACACGGGGACAGGAUCGCUAGCCUCACGCUGCUCCAAGAUAAGUAAUACUCGUUUCCAUUUAUAGCUUGGGAGUAAUUUUCAGUUUCCUGUUUAUUCCUAGACCUCUGGAGUUCAAAUCCCGAAAAAGUGAAGAGCGGUGAUCCAUCUAAACAUCCGCGAUUCAGAAAGGCGCGCAAUGAGUAUACUAAAUAUUAAUUAUGAAUAUUCCCUCCAUGUACUAUGUUGAAAACCAGACGAAUUUGUUGAAAUUUCACCGGCUGGUAUUUUCCGUGACAUUCAGUGCAAAGAAUAGCUCUUAUCUACCCCGGGGACUGUAUUCAACUUGUAUUGCGCUCGAAACAGCCACACAAUAUCCACACAAGUUCAAACACUGCCACGAAACCCUUAUGCAUUUUGCACACACCACACCACACACCACACAUCACACACACACACACACACACACAUACACACACACACACACACACACACACUACCAAAAGGUGUUGUGGUUUCCUGAGCAAGAGGAGACAAAUAGGUUCUGAGUCAUUUUUUCCCCCGUGCGCAAAAAUGUAAUGCUCUUAAGAGAUUACGAACUGGGGGAAGGAGGGAAGGGAGGGAAGGGGCGGCUGCAGCAGAGGGAGAGGGGUAGCAGUACUUAGAACGAGGGUCUGGAUGGGAUGGAGGCGGUCAGAAAUGGAGGGUCUGAGAGCAUACGUGGGCUGGUGAAGGGCGUGGACCGAUGUACCGUGGCUUGGAGGGGUGUGAGAUAGUUUGAUGUGACGGUCUGGUUUCACUCAUGUGGGCUGGAGCGUCAGUCAGCCAGGGUGUUAAGGGUAUUAGGGUGUAAUGUGUGUAAACUAGCGUGUGGGAGGUUUGCUGGACUGAGCUAAGGGAGUCAAGGUGUAGCAGUGACCUGGGGAGAAUUGAGGUGUAAUGAGUAAACUUGAGUGUAAUGGCAGAAGGGAGAGGAAGAGUAUACGAAUGAGUUUGGAAGGAAUUAGGAUGUAGUAGUGAGCUGGGGAGAAUUGAGGUGCACUGAGUAGACUUAAAAGGGAAAUGAGGAAGGGUUAGGUGUACAAGUAAAUAAAAAUUAAAUGGGGUACAUUAUUGACUGGAGAGAGCCGGGAUAUACAGAAUAUAUAUGAAAGUGAAAUAAGAUGAGAACAGAAGUGUACUUAAUAGACUUAAAAAUGUAAUGUGUUGAGGGAAAUGAGGAAGGAUUAGGUGUAAAAAUGCUUGAAGAAAGAAUUUGAACGUAGGAGUGACUGGGUGAGAAUUGAGAUGUACUGAAUAAAGUUAAAAAUAUAACAAGGUGAGGGUAAUUAGAAUAUAGGCAGUGACUUCAUUAGAACUGGUCAGAAUUAAGAAUGUAAUAAUAUAAGAGAAAAAAAAGAAGGGUUACAUGCACAGGUGGAGGAAAAAUAAGGGUGAAGUAGCGAGCGAACGAGGUGGCGGCAGGGAGUUCGGAAAUAAAAUAAGCGAAAUCCGUUUUUUUACAUGAAGCGGUGGACUUGUCGAACAUUAUCAACACACUCGUCAACACACUGGACACCCUCCCACUGGCUUAAUCUCCGCCGCGAUUUUAGUAAGUAACGGCACACCAAGCUGGAUAUCCUUCUCUUAAUUAAUGUCAAAAAGUUGUUACCAAACUUGUUCCGCUCCUCCUCUUCUCAGCACGUGCCUUUGUAUUAAGAUUCAGAAAUUCAGUACUUCUGAGAAUGUUCAACGCAGACAAGAGUUUUACUAAUGUGCUUCUGGGAUAGACUCGUGUAACCUAAACCGACGUGACCUAAAUUAAGCUCAUGCUGAGGAAUAUCGCCUGGCAUGCUAAUCAACAGGAAAAAAUAUAUAUUCAUGAAGCAUUUAGUGUUAUGACACAUCAUUUCUAGUUAUUUUUUUUUCACGCUGCACGAAAAGAAUUACACGGCAGCAUCGGUCCUGCGGGUCAGUCUGAAGCCUUAAAUGAUGCAUCGUAGUUGUUGUGUUAUUAUGACGCGUCGAGGUAAUGAUAAUGUAAAUAUACUCGUGUGAUAGUGUCGCCUGCGGUGUUGUCAUUCAGUUUGGGACUUCAGCCUCGGUGCAGUCUUUCAUGGUGGUGUGGACAGGUAUGCAAAGUCACACAUAUUUUCUGAUAUUUUGUAUCCGCGAAGGAAAAUAUUUCAGGUGCGCACUUCACAAACAACUCAAACCUCCAAUAAAUAAAAUAUAUGAAAUAAAGCAUGGAUGAAGAAAGAAUACAUACGCACAUCCACUAUUUUACGUUUCCUUGUCCGGCGCACAAUACAUCAGCGACCGAGCGACAUGAGUAUGACAAACUAAGACAAAAUAUUAAACCAUUUCCAGACGCGGUAACGAUUUCCGGCCUUGACCGAUGCACGUCCAAACAACAAUACCUAAAUAUUUCAAUAGAAGACGAAGAACGACCCACCACAUGUGUCGACACUCCUACAACGGUGCCCCAACGCAGAACACACAUCACUGGGGCUUAGUUCACGACACAUGGAGAGAGAGAGAGAGAGAGAGACUCCGGGAAAAAAUCUAGCGUGCAUAGGAGCAGAAAAAAGCGAAAAUUAGCGCAUUAAGGUAACCAUGAAGGAUGAAAUUAGGCCAUGAAAAUAAAAACAACAACUUGAGAAUACAAGGACAGUGAAUUCCUGGGAGAAAACGGGAUAAAGGUGCGCAAGGAUGAAGCAUUUGUUGAUGAGUCGGCAGAAGAAAAAAAAAGAGGAGCGGUGCGUGGUGAGUGGCGGAGGGCUGAGGUGACGCUUGCAGGCCAGACCAGCGAACACCAUUGAAUAUUCCCCAGCCGCUUCUCGCUGUGUUGACGAGUAAACAUUAACCUUCGGGAUAUGGCAAAUUUUUAUCCGUGCCGGUAAUUACUGCUGCUCUGGCGGUGCAUGUUUAAUGAGCUCGAGUUCGGGUGCGCAUUAAACUAGCGGCGCUGUCGGUCCGUGAAGCAAGAGUUGCCGCUAAAUAAUGUCCCAGCCGGCGGGAGGCGUGACCCAAUGCCCCCAGGAGCCCGAGGCGAGGGUGGAUGACGCUUCUUCAAUCUUCAAGGCUACCACCGCCUCCACCCCACGCCUCCUCCUCCUCCUCCUCCUCUGCCUCCGCCUCUAUUGUAAGCGAUACCAUCAACCAUCUUCACCACCCUCACCACCAACACAACAGUAGCAGGCAAAGCAGUACCACCAACUCGCCUUUAGGCAUUCUUGCUUUCCCUGGUGCCCCCCCCAACCCACACCCCGCCUGGUCAGGAGCACCAGGUGUUCGCCACGACCUGCACACGCCACAAAUUCCCUCCCAGCCACACCCGGGGGCAGCACUGCCGCCGCCGAACACGGUUCCGGCAUCAUGCAGCCAUUCGGAUCCAUCUUUUUGACUCCCUAAAGCACAGGUCGUCAUUUAUGCACGCACCUGAACACUAGCGUCGUUAGCGUAUGUUUGUAUAUUACUCCAAAAUAGAUUUCACAGAAUGAACCUACAGUGAGCACUGCAUGCAUCGCCGAGGAUGGUGAAGCAGUAUUAAGGUUCUGGGAAAGGUUCGAUUUUCACUCUUUUUGGUAAAAUGUGGAUGCGAGAAGCAGAGGCAAGAAUCAUAAAAUCUGCACGCGAGUGAAACGCCGGCAAGCAGCGCCCCGCAGCCUCCAGCCUCCGUAUUCUCACUUUGCCAUCUCACAAAUGUCAAAUUUAUGUAUUUCCAAUCACGCGAGAGAACAAAGUAACUCUGAUUCGUGAUUGGCCGAGGGACGAGGCGGAGGAGGGGAGAAACAGGAGUUUGGGCAAGCAAUAGCACGCCUGGAACCCACUGUGGUGCUGACGAGCCAACAGCAGCACACUGGCAGAACCAACACCACUUAGAAACCUAGAAAUCCGCGGCGCCUGCAGAACACCUCACGCCACACCACGUAUUGGAAGUCCCACCACGCGUCUCUCUCGUGAUACAAAUAAGGAAUCACUGACAGCAUACUAAGGACAACCCCUUAACAAUACAGACCAUAGAAUAUCUGCAAGACCACCGCGACGUGCUGAGCUGACCCGCGGACUGGACCUGAGCUGAGGUUCCUCCAUCAGGGUGACAUGCGGUGCGGUUCACGACUCCUCCUCCACUUCCUCACGUCCUUGGUGGCGAUUUUGCUCAAUCACACCACAUACGCUCAAAAAGGCGGCAAGGAGGUGAAAGUCCUAACGUUGAACGGGGACGGGGCGCAGCGAGGCAACACCCUGGCUGAGUACGGAAAGCCUAUUGCUGUGAGGGAUGACUACACACUCUGUCUUCGCUUCAACAUCAUCGUCUUCCGCCUCCUGACCGCAGUGAUCUAUAUCGUCGACCAGAAAGAUUACGACGAAAUGCCAAUAUCCUUGGACGUGUAUUUCGAGAAGAUCAGGCCCAAGUUCGGAGGUUAUGGAAAGUUUUAUCCGCUGCCCACCAACCUGGCCACAAACAAAUGGUACUUCUACUGCCAGACCCGGAACAGCUCUGGGGGUGAAGGUCGCGUGUACCUCGAUGGGGAGUUACUAGUGCAAGAGAUGAUCCCCUUUGACGUCGACAAUGCCGUGCGGGACACCAUCAUGGGGCAGGAUGAGUACAUGCCGCCGUAUUCGAUGAGCGGCCAGCUGAGCCAAGUCAACAUGUGGCGUCGAGUGCUCAGUCACGAGGAGAUCCUGUCGCUGACCCGCUGCGAGGUGGACCUGGAGGGGGACAUCAUCAGCUGGUCGGGGCCUUGGAAAGUUUACAACGCCGAGGAAAAGUACGUGCCGCUGACGGACCUGUGUCGAUCGGUGAAUCGGGGCCGCAUGACGGUGCCGUUGCCUUUACUUCGCUACCAUGACGCCGUGAAGCUGUGCCGCGGCCUGAGGGGAUACAUCGACGUGCCAACGACUAUGGCCGAAGUGUAUGACAACAAAGCAUACUUCGAAGACAUGGUGGAAGGUGAAAGGUGGGUUGCUCCAGAACACUUGGCUGGCAAUGUUACAACACCCGCUCCAGCUCAAGAAACUUCCGUCUUCAAAGAGUGCGAGAGGGUCUGGGGUGGCGCAGACGACGAAGCGGUGGAAGGCGUGUGGAACAACCCUUUCACGGGCGUCAACUUAGUCCCGGCAAGUGUCCUCAGCCAGUGUCCUGCGCUCCUUCACUCUUAUUAAGACACGCAUGACGACUUGCUAAUGCCUCAUAAUGGCGCAACUUUCCUUUCUCCGUGUUUUACUACCACGGAGUCACUUCA